GAUGUUUUGAUGAGUCAGUGUAGUCCAGGUGAAAGCAUUGAUACAACGUCAUUUGGUCAACAUGACCGACAGACGAAUCUUAGCCGUACUUUUUACUUUGUGUACUUUUGGAGUCCCGAGGAUUCUAGCUGCAUCUAAAAAUAUUCCAAAAUGGAAAAAACAGGCUUGUGAAGCACCAGCAACGCAAAAUGAAUCAAGUCAUUAUAUUUGUGACGAUAAUGGUGAUAUGAAAUGUCUACCUGGAUGGAUAGGAGAUUUGUGCGAUGUUCCCAUUUGUAAAAAAGGAUGUGACCCAAUUCAAGGUUAUUGCAAACGGCCAAAUGAAUGCCGCUGCAAGUUGGGUUUUUAUGGUGAUACGUGUAACAAGUGUAUUGCACUACCAGGCUGUCAACAUGGUUAUUGCAACAAUAGUUUUGAAUGCAAAUGCUUAGAAGGCUGGGAUGGCAUAUUCUGUUCAGAACCGGUCUGUCACGAAGACUGUCAUCCAAGUAAAGGGUAUUGUGACUGGCCCGGGGAAUGCAGAUGCCGUUUAGGUUGGACUGGUGAUCUCUGCAAAGAAUGUCAACCAUUGCCAGGAUGUAUGCAUGGGACAUGUUCAAAGCCUUUGGAGUGUAAAUGUGAAAAGGGUUGGCAAGGGAUUUUAUGUCAGAUACCCGUAUGUUCCGAGGGUUGUCAUCGAGAUCGAGGAUAUUGUCGUAAACCAAAUGAAUGCAGGUGUAAAGUUGGUUGGUGGGGUAAAAAUUGUACUCAAUGUUUUCCAUAUCCAGGAUGUGUUCAUGGUACAUGUAAUCGCCCGUGGGAAUGCAACUGUAAGUCAGGUUGGGGUGGUAUGCUUUGUGACCAAGAAUUAAAAUAUUGUGAAACCAAUAAUGUAACGUGUCAAAACGGUGCUACUUGUAUAAGUCUCCCAGAAGAAGAUGGAAAUUAUAGAUGUCUUUGUGCUGAUGGAUACAUUGGACGAAAUUGUGAUGUUGAUAAAAAAAGAGUUGAAAUCGUAGGUUUAGUACCUCCUAAACCUAGUUUAAUGCUACUGAAGUCAACAACCACUACGCCUUCGACAGUUUCUGAAGAUUUGUUAUUAGAAGGUGAUGAUGAAUAUGAAGAAGAAACUACAAAACCUAGUUCCUUUAUAUCAUUGACGGUUAGCGAAAAUGAAACUUUAAAUGAAGCAAUCUGAUUCUUAAGACAUUUAAAGUAAAAUACUAUACAUAAAUUACUCACUUUAUGAA